AUGCCCCUUCUUGAUAUUGUUGGCUGCACGGGAACUAAUAAGACAUUCUGGGUCGGAUUUGGCUUCAUGAAAAAUGAAAAGGAGGAGUCUUAUUUAUUUAUUCUUAAAAGCCUUGAGCAGAAUCUGAUGGUUAAGUGUCGGCCAGCUCUACGCCAGGAAGUCAUUCGAAUCGAUUAUGAGGGCAAGGGUAUGAAGAGCACCCUAGUUGAUGAAUUUAAAGAGAAGGUUGAAGCUCAUUGGGUCGCUUUUUGGCAGGACUUUAUGAAACUCGUCAAUGCAUAUACUGAGGAAGAGAAAGAUGCUGAGUGGAAUAAUUUCAGGGCUAAAUACAGCCAUAAUGUGUGGGACACGGUCUUUGAAUAUAUCAAGAAAGAAUGGCUUCAGGAAGAUACGGCAAAACACUUUUUAAAAUGCUAUACCAAUGAGUAUCUGCAUCUCAACAAGCAAGCAAGCUCACAGGUUGAAGGUGCCCAUUGGAUUAUCAAACGUGACCUUGGAACUUCCACAAUGGACCUACUUGGAGCCACACUAUCAAUUGAAAUGACAAUUGAAAAACAACACCAAAAAAUAUGGCAGGAAAUUGAGGAUGAGCGCGUCCGAAUAAAGAUAGAUUUCAAGAACCUGCGGCUUUUUAAGCAUGUUUUGAAGAAGGUCUCAAGUCAUGCACUGAAAAUAAUCCAUAGUAUCUUUGAAAGAUACCUCCCGGAGAGCGCCCCUGAUAAAAAGCCAAUUAAGCCCUGCACGGGUGUGACUCGACGGACUCUAGGGAUUCCUUGCAUCCACAAAAUCAAGGAAUACUAUGAGGCUGACACAUCGAUUGAGCUUUUUGAAUUCUGUCCACAUUGGCGGCUGCAUACCGACGAAGACCUUCCUCCUGUGGAUCCACGAGAAUUAGUCCUGGAGCCAGAAGUAAUCAGACCGCGUGGCCGUCCUCCUGGUGCAAUUAACUGGCCAACUACAAGCGAGCAGAGCCAGUCAGCUGAAGAUAGAUCUACUAGAAGAGAUCCCUCUGCAUUUGAACAUCUAUUGACUCAAGAAUCAAGCCGAGGACGAGGAAGUGGCCACGUACGUGGUAGCCGUGGAGGAGGACAGGCGGGUCGUGGGCGUGGAGGAAGACAGCAGGGUGGCGAAUGUGGUAGCGGCUCUGCAGGCACCAGUGAAGUUAGCACUCAAAGUCACGAGAAUGAUGAUAAUGAAAUUAGUGAGAACAGGGAUGAUAAGACCAACGAGAAUCAGAUCAGAAGAAGCAAGCGACGUGGCCGUGGCCAGCCAGCGCCAUGGCUAGGCGAUGAGAAUGAGUAA